AUGUUUUUGUUUUUGUUUCAGUCUCUUGGAAAUCACGAGUUUGACAACGGAGUCAGCGCACUCACUCCGUUUAUUGAAAAUUUAACAUGCCCUGUCUUAGCCGCCAAUCUUAUACUUACUAAAGUUCCUGAGUUAGCAACCGAAACAAACCUUAGAAAAUCUGUUGUAUUUAAUGUUUCUGGUGUAGCAGUCGGAGUAGUUGGUUAUUUAACGCCAGAAACUAAAAUGAUAGCUGUUCAAAAUAAUGUUGAGUAUGUUGAUGAAAUAGUAGCCCUUAAACAAGAAGUUAGUAACUUAAAAUCAGAAGGUGUUAAUAUCAUAAUAGCACUCGGACAUUCCGGGUUUUUAAAAGAUAUAGAAAUAGCAGAAAACGUAGAAGGUAUCGAUUUAGUGAUUGGCGGACAUUCAAACACUUUUCUUUGGAAUGGAACCACCCCAGAUUCAGAAGAUGUUCAAGGCCCUUAUCCAACGUAUGUCAAACAAACAUCGGGCAAAUUAGUUCCAGUAGUACAAGCUUAUGCCUAUACAAAAUAUCUUGGGAAACUUCAUAUGUUAUUCGACUCCAAUGGCGAUGUUAUAAGCAUAGAUGGUAAUCCCAUCCUUUUAGAUAAUUCAAUACCACAAGAUUCAGAAAUUUUAAAAAUAGUCGAACGUUACAGAAGUGAUGUCGUAAACAUUACCGAAGAAGUAAUAGGAAAUACUUCAGUUGUACUUGAUGGCUUGAGUUGUCAGUAUAAGGAAUGUAAUCUAGGAAACUUGAUAGCUGAUGCUAUGGUGUACCAUUAUGCAUCAGAGUACAAAGGAUACUAUUGGACAGAUGCACCAGUAGCAAUUAUACAAGGAGGCGGUAUAAGAUCUUCUAUAGCGAAUACAAAGCUACGUACUAACAUUACUAAAGGAGACUUAUUAGGUGUCAUGCCAUUUGAUGGAAUAUUGGUUACGGUCAAAAUGAAUGGCAGCACACUUUUGCAAAUGCUCGAACAUGGUGUUUCAAAUUAUGAUCCCUUAGAUUAUCCAGGGGAGUUUCUUCAAGUCUCAGGAAUACAUGUUGUGUUUGACCUAAGAAAACCCUCACGUUCAAGAGUAAUAAAAGCGGAAGCUAGAUGCGCAUCUUGUGAUAUACCAACUUACUCCGAAGUAAAGCAUGACCAAAUAUACAAUGUUAUAAUGACUGAUUUCCUUGCAAAAGGUGGUGAUGGAUAUUGGAUGUUUAAAGGACUAUCGACGGAAAGUUUGAAUUAUAAUGAACUAGCUGCCACCAUUUAUUAUUUAAGACAACACAGUCCAGUCAUUCCUGCCGUUGAAGGAAGAUCCCUUGGAAACCAUGAAUUCGACGAUGGAGUGGACGGACUUCAGCCAUUUAUCAAAAAUCUGACAUCACCGGUAUUAGCUGCAAAUCUGAUUUUAGACAAUGUGCCCGAGUUACAAAAUAUAACGAAUUUACAUUCAUCAAUCAUAAUACAUAAAAAAGGAGUUAAAAUCGGUAUAAUAGGAUAUCUUACGCCGGAAACAAAAUUCCUCGCUCAGAAAAGUGAUGUAGAAUAUGAAGACGAAAUACCAGCUAUAAAAAGAGAAGUGGAUAAAUUGAGGGCAAAAGGCGUGCAAAUUCUUAUCGCCCUGGGUCAUUCCGGUUUUCUUAAGGACUUAGAAAUCGCUAAAGAAGUCGACGGUAUAGAUUUAGUAAUUGGAGGUCAUUCCAAUACUUUCUUGUGGAACGGUGAAAGUUUCACGGAAUCGCCUGAAUCGCCACAAGGAUUGUACCCCACAAUGGUCAAGCAAUCAUCCGGAAGAAUUGUUCCCGUCGUGCAAGCUUACGCUUAUACAAAAUAUUUGGGCAGACUACAUCUAAUUUUUGAUUCCGUCGGAGAGGUUAUUAAGUGUUACGGUUACCCAAUGCUGUUGCAUCAAAAAAUACCGAAAGACAUGGAAGUAAUGGAAAUUGUACAAAAAUAUCGGGGCGACAUAGACCGAAUAAAUACCGAAAUUGUGGGCAGCUCCCUAACAUUUCUCAAUGGAGAACAAUGUCGUGUUAGAGAAUGCAAUCUAGGAAACUUUAUAACUGACGCUAUAUUAAAUUACACCAAACGGAAUUUUAAAAAUAAGUACACCGAUGUAAAUGUUGCAAUUAUACAAGGUGGAAGAAUAAGAACGUCUCUAGGACGACCCGACACUCCAUUUAAUGUUACUAGAGGUGACUGGAUAACAGUAUUGCCAUUUUCAGACAAUUUAACUAUUAUGACGAUGAACGGUUCGGUUUUUAUUAAAGCUUUGGAACACUCCGUUGAAGCGUGGCGUACUAUAGAUAGUCCUGGUCAAUUUUUACAAGUAUCGGGUAUAGAAGUAGUUUAUGAUUUGUCAGAAACACCUGGUGCACGUGUGAGAAUGGCUAAAGCAAUGUGCACAGAGUGUUCCGCUCUAAAUGAGGUUGACGAAAAUGAAACGUACAAAGUUUUAAUACCAGAGUUCUUAGCAGAUGGUGGAGAUGGUUACAGCAUCUUUGAGAAUUUACCAAGAGAAAUUUUACCUUACAAUGAGUUGACCUGUGUCCUAGAUUAUUUAAAAAAAUAUAGUCCAGUAUAUCCAAAAGAAUCUGGUCGUAUUAAAAUACUCAAUGAAGACACUGUUAAACUAAUUCUUGAUGGAACCCUAACCAAUAAUAACGAUAAUAAACCUUCCAGUACAAAAAGUGAGUGCCAUGGGGUUGCUUGGGCUGAUUACAUCGGGCUGCAUUGGGCUGAUUACAAUGAUCGAGUAAUCAGUAGAUAG